GCUAGUCCGCGAACACCCGUUUCCAGCCCGUUUCCCCACAACACCGUGACCAAUGUUUGUGCUUGUCAGCCAGUGCCCACAGGUGUCGGCUAUUCCUCGUUCCUUUCGCCCAUCGAUGAAGGCUCUGCACAGCUGAUGCACAGCUCUCAUACCUUGGCAUCGUCUGAUCCAACUCUGGUUGCUGAAGGCACUAUCAGG